CUACUCGGUCGCGCCAGAUAUAUGCGUUGCGUUACUUGUGCUUUUUGCGUUUACUCAACAGAGACCUUUAGCUGUUGAAGUUCAGCCAUAGAAUUAUUGUCCUGGCUAGGGAACGACGGUUGUUAUAUCUGUGCACCUUGCUCUUGUUUUCAUAUACUUAAGUGCCCCCAACCUGGACACAGGCAUUUCAACUAUUGGGAGUCGCAUAAUGUUAGAGGAUGAGUUCGCUGAGCUGGACCUAAAUGAAAACUCUGAAAACUCUUUAAAUGUACCGUUGAAUUCUGAGUCUUAUCUGCGGACAGGUUUCACACCUGAACGAAAUGUCACACAUGACAUAUCGCCCAUUGACACUGGGAAAGAAACUGUAAACACUGUUUCCGAUGUUGCAUUUGUAAAAGUCACAAGCCCUGCAAAAGUUGGUGAGGGUAUUUCGUCAUACAUAGUAUAUCGUGUUAAUACAAAGUUUAAUGGCAAGGAAUUUUCAGUCCUCAGACGGUUUUCUGAUUUCCUUGGGUUACAUGAAAGGUUAGUCGCGAAGUAUCUUUCUGAAGGAGUUAUUGUUCCCCCUGUUCCUUCUAAAGAUAUGCUAGCUACAACUAAAGUUAAAAUGUCAAAGGACGUUUCUGCGGAAAAUGAAUUUGUUGAACGUCGCCGAAUAGCUUUAGAACGAUUCCUAUCACGAGUACUUUCACAUCCAGUUUUACAUAUUGAUGAAGAUGUCUGUGAGUUCCUUCGGCAUGAAGGAGAGCUACCACGUGCAACAAACACCCAACUAUUGUCCGGUGCUGCAGCGAUAAAAGUGAUGAAAAAUUUGGGUGAUGCGAUUGGAAAGUUUGCUUACAAAGUUGAUGAUCCCGAAGAGUUCUUCUAUCAGAAAGCAGAUGAAUUAGAUAGUUGGGAAAAGCAACUUAAACGUCUUCACUCCUCGCUUCUUAAUUUAGUAUCAGGAGACAAUGACCUAGCAAAUGCCGAAGCUGGCUUGGCUCGUUCAGUUCUUCUCCUGGCUAAUGUAGAAGAAAAUACUGGUCUAGCUCAAGCACUUCAUCAUCUGGCAGAAACAGAAGGACAUGUCGCUGAUUUACACGCUUUACAAGCAGAAGCGCAUACGUGCCAUUUAGUGGAGUAUUCUCGAGAAUUACUAGGCAUGGUUCAGGCUUGCAAGGAUGUUUUGAGUGAACGUGUACGAAUAUAUCGUACAUGGAAAACCGCUGAAGCUAAUCUUCGUUCAAAGCGCGAACAGAAAAUUCGAAUGGAAAUGGCACCUAGAAAUGAUAAUAAAAAGAUGGCCACGAUAACAAUGGAGUUGGAAGAUCUUGAAAAUCGUGUAGAUCAAGCUCAGCAUAAGUUUAAUAAUAUAUCUAUAAAUAUUAAAAGAGAAUUUCAAAAUUUCGACUUGAAUCGUUUUGCUUAUUUCAAACAAGCCACUACAGAAUAUUUAGAAUUGUUAUUGCAAAUUCAAUUAAAAGUGUUAGAAAACUGGGAGAAAUAUUUGUCUUAUACAAACGGUAUCAAUUGAUGUAUGCGCAUAUAGGCUCUGUUAACAAUUUUUUUAUUUCUAGAAAAGAAAUAUCCUUGGUUUUGGAAUUAUUUUCCCUCUCUUUAUUACACAAUCAAUAUUCCACACUUAUUUAUUGUUCCAUUGAAAUUUUAAGUUAAACAUAUAUGUUAAUUUCUCAUCCUUUGUGUUCAAGUAACACGCACACACACACCCAGAUAAUGCAUGUGUAUACACUUGUAUACUGACUGUAUUUCGGGUAAUUAAUUCUAAAUAAUCGCUUGGAUAUGGUGGUUGUGAUAAGUCUUUAUUUUUUUCUUCUGUUAAUCAUUUUGUAAUUUAUGUAACUCUUAGAUUGAUUUCAUAUCUCUGCCACUUUAUGCUGAUUUCAUGCAUAUAUUUAAUAAUAAUAUGGUGUUUUGAUUUAAAAAGCAAUGGAAUUAUUAUAUAUUUCACCCUCAUGGGAUAACAAAUAUUAACAGACGUAGUAGGAGUACAGAGUAUUAAACAAUUUAAUGACAAUUUUUUAACAGGAGAGUUUUUGCAAACAAGUACUUUACUGUGUUUCCUUCUCCCGUUGGAACUUCAUGUUAAUUAUAAAAUUCAUAAAAUCACCUUAGAUGGGAACAUUUUUUUCUUCACCAUUGUUGAUAUCUGCGCAGCCUUAUAUGAUAGGAUUGUAUAC